AUGACUCCCAGCUACGGCUUUCUCAUGGCUGGCGGGCUGGCCACCCCUACUUCGAAUCACGGCCGCUCUGUAACUCCUUCUCCCCAAACGACUAGAUCCGACUCGCCCACCCUGGUCAAGGCCAAAUCUUCCUCACACCUGUCUACUAUGAAAUCCUUCUCCACUCCUCCUCGCGGUCGCUCCAACUUCGACUCCGACUCCGACUAUCUGAACACCAUCCCCGAUCCACGAACGCCCAGUCCGAACCCACAGCGUGCUAGUCCGUCUGAAGACUCACAGGACCCGCAUCCUGACCUUAGUAAUGAAGUUGCUAUGCUUAGCACGAAGCUCAUAAACGCCAUCAACUACCAGACCAACCUGGACGAUUCGCUACAACACACUCGCCAUGAGCUUGAAGCUGCUAGACAACGUAUAGCACAGCUGGAACAAGAGGCGCAACGACACAAGACUCUGGUCUCGAGUGGCGCUCUUGUCAACAAGUCCGAGGUUGAUUCUCUGAGACAGGAGCUGAUGGAAUCGCAAAAGCAAAGAGACGUUGCUGAAAAGGGCAGGAAGGAGAUGGAAGUCGAGCUUGAGAAUCUCACCAGCGCCUUGUUCGAGGAGGCCAAUACUGUAAGCAACAAAGCUCGAGUCUGCAAUCUAUACUUGCUGACAUAUAUCAGNAUGGUAGCUGCUGCACGCAAAGACGCCGAAGCUGUCGAACGAAAGAACGCACAAUUACGGACACAACUCAACGACACUGAACUUCUUCUGGCCUCACAACAAGAACAAUUGCAAGAUCUGAAGAGUGUCAUGGAGAAGAUGACCGAGGAUAGAGAUCGUGAUGAGACAGAAACCAUACCUCGAUCUUCGACAGCACCAUCGACGCCAGGUGUGGAUUCGUCCAAGAUGAGCACUAUGUUCGACUCACUUCCCUUCUCUCCAAACGCUACAAAUUUCAGCGAUGUUCCGCCAGAUCAACCACUUCGGUUUUCGCAUCUCAUUGUCCCUGCGAUGCGCAACGAUGUCGUUGCAUAUGUCGAUUUUGCAGAUCUGCUCAAGUCUGCGCGAGCGGCUGCUCCUUCGCAUUCUCGCAAUUCAUCAGGCAUCAGCUCGAGUAUGUUUGUCUCUUCUGCCUCGUCGUCUUCGCCGAACAUUCCGGGCUCAUUCAGCUCUGGCGCCGCUGCGUCACCGCGCGAUACUUCAUUCCAGUCAUCGAUGCCGCCGCUCAAAGACAAUAAAUUCUACAAGAGGUGCCUUGUCGAGGAUGUGGAACCAACAUUACGUCUUGACCUUGCUCCAGGUCUCUCGUGGCUAGCCCGACGGACAGUUAUUGCAGCUGUCACUGGUGGAACUCUGGUUGUGGAGCCCUUCAUACCACAAUCGCGCUUCUAUGGGAACGCUUAUCCAUGCGCUCUUUGCGGUGAAUCUCGCCGAACAGAAGCUCACGCUCGACGUCACAGAUUCCGUACCAGCGAGGACGAGACUGCUCAGCGGUAUCCCUUGUGUGAGUUUUGUUUGGGUCGAGUCAGGGCAACAGGCGAUUUCCUCGGCUUCUUAAGAAUGGUGCGCGAUGGACUCUGGAGAGCGUCUACCGAAGAAGACAUGAAAGCUGCCUGGGAAGAGUGUGUACGCCUGAGAGAGAAGAUGUUCUGGGCUAGGCUUGGAGGUGGUGUAGUCCCAGCGAUUGCAAGAGAGCCAAGUCCUACAGGUACUCAACGCCGUGGAGAUGCAAGGUCUUUACGCAGGAACAGCACCGAGUCAAGCAUCCCAAGGUUCUCGAGAGAUUCCGUCGAAAGCGUCCGCACCCAGGCACUGGAAGUCCCAAAACUGAACGAGCCUCGACCUCCAAGCCGUAACAACAGUAGAUCAACUGUAAAUGCCAGCGAUGGCAGCACAACCUCCCUACAGACUUCGGAGAGUUCCGACACGAGAGACUUUGCAGAUGCACAAAGCGAGGUAGACAACACUGUCAACACACCGACAGGUCCAUCCAGUCAGGAGGAAAUAGCCACGGACCAGGGCCAUACACAUUCGCAGACCACGAAAGUCGCGCAGGAAGAUGGCUCGCAGGAUACUAUCGAUCCGGCCAUCGAAACAAGCUUACCUGCAUCAGCCGAACAAACAGAGAACCACGCUUCUAUAGAACAACGGGAGAAGGAAAAUCAAGCUCCAGUAACGGACGGCGAAACCGAAAAGGACAACCAGGCACCAGUCGACAAGUCACUGCAACCAGAGAUGCCUGGAUCCUUCGAUUAA